ACCAUUAUAUUGUUCAAGUAAAACUAACAAACUCAAAAUGAAUGGUAUAUGUCCUAUCAUUGAUCUUAUAUGUGAACCCUGCGACUGCGCAGGUAUUUCGUGCCAACCUCGAUUUCCAGGGAUGAAGGUGGUAUGGCCAGAACUUAAAGGAGUAAGUGGGCCUGUAGCCAAGAGAAUAAUAGAACAUGACAAUCCACAUGUUACUUGUGUUAUAAUCACUGAAGAUGAUGCUGUGAUACAAAACUGUUGUUGUAACCGUGUCAUUCUAAAAGUUCCCGUCGUUAACUGUCCUAAUGGUCCUGUCGUUAACAGUCCUCAUAUCGGAUGA